UUGGUAAGAGCCCAAUUUCUUCUUCUUCUUCCAGAGGAAGUCGACUUGGAAAUCCCUGUCCUGUACUUCUUUCUUUCGUGGAAAAAGCGUCGCGUCGAGCAGCGUGACUUUAUAAAAUUUGCAAAUUCUUUUGAUUCUACCGGUUUUUGUUUCUAUAAAUCAGAAAGGAAUACAGCAUGGAUGCCAAAAAAGAUAAAGAAGAUGCAUUGAUGAGCGACGAUGACGCCCAAAAGGACAACGAGGAUGCUGGAUCAUCUAUGAGCGAGAAUGAAGAUAAAAAAGAGCUUUCCGCAAAUCAAAUGGUGGUGCCUGCUUAUUUGAAUGCUUUUUUGCGCCGGCAAUUUCUUCAAGAAAUGGUCAAGAGUCUGCCAGAAAAGAUGCAAGAUCGUAUUACUGUGCUGAAAAAUAUCCAAUUGGAGCACUUCAAAUUGGAAGCCCAGUUCUUUGAUGAGGUUUACCAGCUUGAGAAAAAGUACCAUGAAAAGUAUCAAGUUCUGUUUGAGAAACGCCGAGCCAUUGUUACUGGUGAAGUCGACCCACCAAAGGAAGAACCAAAAUGGAAAGUGGAGCCGGAAGAAGAAAACCAUGAAGAUAUGCCCGAGUUCGCCAAGUUGUUGGAAAAAGUUAAAGAUAUACCCGCUAACACAAAAGGUAUUCCCAACUUUUGGUUAACUAUUUUCCGCAAUACGGAAAUUUUGUCGGAAAUGGUACAGGAACACGACGAGCCUGUAUUGCAGAAACUUAGGGACAUUACUAUAAAAUACGACGACGAACAUUCAUACACUUUGGAAUUCCACUUCGAUAAGAAUGAGUAUUUCACUAACGAAGUGUUGACCAAACAAUAUUUCCUAAAGUCGGCCCUAGACGAAGACUUUCCAUUUGGUUUCGAGGGUCCCGAGAUCUAUAAAUGUAAGGGAUGUACCAUUAACUGGGAAAAGAAAAUGAAUUUGACAGUCAGAACUAUUAGAAAGAAGCAGAGACAUAAGCAACGUGCUGAACUUAGAACCAUUGUUAAGGUGGUGCCCAAUGACUCAUUCUUCAAUUUCUUUAACCCACCGGAAGUAGCUGAUGACAAAGAAGAAAUUGAUGAUGAUACACAAGGCAUCUUAGCAACUGAUUUCGAAAUCGGUCAUUUCUUGCGUGCAAGAAUCAUUCCUAAAGCCGUUUUGUAUUACACCGGAGAUGUUAUCGACGACGAAGACGAAGAUGAUGACUCCUUAGAUGGGGAAGAAGAGGAGGAGGACGAAGAGUCUGACGACGAAAAAGAGAAACCCCGUGGCGGAGGUGGCGGCCAUAAGAAGAAACCAAAUGUAAAUGAAUGUCAAAAUCAAUGAAUUAAUUGAGCAGCUCCUCACAAAUAACAACACAAUCCGAUCAGAUGUUAAUAUGAAAAUGAAAUAAAAUUUCAUUUUGUUUUUCUAAUACUGUAGUUUUCUAAAAACAGUGAUCAAAAAUCUUUGCAAACUUGAUGAUAAUGGAACGACUUUUUUAAUUAUGAAUUUAUAACACAUUACAAAAAUAAAUACUGGGAACGGUCCAUCCCAUCUAUUACUGCUGAAA